AUGGAAUUGCAACAAGCAAGAUUACUUUUAGAGCAAAAAGAAAAAUACUUAAAAGAGCUUGCAUUAACACUCUCCACACACAUUCAAGACUUAAGCCAAGUCAAUGAAAAAAUUUCAUCACUUGAAAAUGUGAUCCAACUUAAGGAAAAAAAAUUCAAACGUAAAUCAGCACAGCUUGAGCAAGAAAUCAAAGACAAAGAAAUAAUUCUUGCCCGAAUAAAAGGCCUUGAAGGGCUGUUAGGGUCUUCUAAUGAUCCUUCAUUUCAUAAGAGAUCCAAAACAUUUUCGAAAGGGAAAACAGACACAACUGCAAAUUACCUUGAGUUUUAUUCCAAACUGAAAAACCAGAAAGAAAUAAAUCCUGUGGUUGAAACGCCUGUAAAAGUGGAAGAAGAGAAAAAGGAUGUCUUCGAAAUUGAAAUGGGCAACACAAGUGCUAUCACAGAGGAAGAAAUUUUGCAAGAACUCAGAGAUUUAGGCUUGGAGAAAAUUGUUAACAAGUAUAAUUAA